UAAAGACAGUGCAGCCCGGAGCGGGUACCCAGUCCCAGACCCCCAGCGUCACAGACCAGACACCCCUGCACUUCGCUGCAUUCUGCCGCUCUUCGCUGCAUUCUGCCGCACUUCGCCGCUCCCUAUCCACAUUAGCCCCGUUCAACCAGUAAGGAUGGCUGUCCGCGCCCUGCUCGUCGUGCUGGCGGUGGCCUGCCUGGCGUGCUCGCUGGCGGCGCCGCUGUUGGACGUGACGAGCGCCUGCCGCUGCACCCGGGAGUUCAACGCCGUGUGCGGCACCGACGGCCAGACCUACUCCAACAAGUGCCUGCUCGAGUGCGCGCGCGCGCAGGGCAGCUCCCGGAUGGGCCAAGCUCUGUCGCUAGCCAAGUACGGACCGUGCUAGGAAAUGCCUGCCGCCGCACUGCGCCACGCCACGCCACGCCUCCCAGUGCGUGCGGCCACAGACAUCGCCCCGCCGAACGAGCAACGAGCCCGGUGAUCCACUGCCGAGUCGGUGGCACGAGUGAAACGGAGUGAAGGCCACAGCGUGUGCGGCCUACCAAAUCAUGAGUGUACCUUGAUUAAAUGUAAAAUACUGUACCGUAGUAAGCGAAUCAAGACUGACUUUUAGUGUAAGAGAACCGUUACGUUCGUUCUCUUUUCGUGAUCUGUGUAUAAAUGUUCUAAUUUAUGUAGAGUGUAAUUAAUUUAUUUGCGAAUCGAAUAAACAGCGGGGAAAGCUGCCAGUAA